AACAGUGGACAUUACACAUACCCAUCCAGGUUGAAUCGCCAUGAUACUACAGUUAAGGGAACCUUCUGGUUCAUUAAAGAGAGUAAUGGGAUUGACGCUGAUCUAAGGACUGAUCCGGAGUAUUCAGGUCGUGUGGAGAAUCUCUGUGGAAACAACAAGUGCACUCUGAGAAUCUCUAACCUGAGAGAGAGCGACUCAGCUGUGUACAAGUUCAUGUUCACAACAAACCAACCUACUUGGAGUUUAACUGGUUUUGCUGGAGUCACUCUGUCUGUCACAGACCCUCAGCUCCAGGUACAUGUGAGGAGAUCAACAGCCAAUCCAUCUUCUACCUGGACAGAGCUGACCUGUCACAGCAGGUGUCAGCUCCCUGAUCAUCUUUCCUACGUUUGGUACAAUAACAAUAAACCUGUUGGACGAAAAAAAUACUUUCACCUCCGACACUUUAAUGCUGAAGACAGCUAUCACUGUGCUAUAGAAGGACAGGAGAGUUUCCCUUCUCCUACAGUGUAUGCUCCAAAGCCUCCCUCUGUGUCAGUGAGUCCCUCUGGUGAGAUCAUGGAGGGCAGCUCAGUGACUCUGACCUGCAGCAGUGAUGCUAACCCAGCAGCUAACUACACCUGGUACAAGAGAAGAGGAGAUAAACAAGUUCAACGUCUCAGGGAAGAGACACAAUUUGUCCUCAGCUCCAUCCGGUCGUCAGACUCUGGAGAGUAUUACUGCACAGCUGAGAAUGAGCUGGGAAGGAGUUCAGUAAACAUCUUUAUUACUGUGACAUGUGAGUGAAACACAGGUUAUUAAGUGAAGAGAUAUUGAAUCUGCCCCAUACUUUGUUCUUUACAUUUUAAAUAUAUGCUGAUAUGGGUCGUUUGACUUCUGCCCCAUAAAUAUUCACAGUCAGAUCAUCAGCAGCACAAAGAGGAAUCCACCCAGUGUCAGUAAAAACAUCCAUAAAUAUUUCACCAUCCUCAGUAAACUUGAAAGAUAUUUCCUUUACUGUGCACAUUCACGUGACGAGCAAACAUCUCUCAGCAGACAGACUGUGGUGAAAACAAAACCCUGCUCCUGUGCACACGUCACACAUACACCUCCCAGCAGGGGGAGCAGUGGCUCAUUAACAGUUUAGGAGACACACCCACAAACAGGCCACUCUGAACAGGGAUCUUCACACGUUUUAUUAGGAAGUCUAAUUGUGGAAAAGGGUCAUAAUAUGUCACGUUUAAGUCCAUGUUACAAACUGGACCAUGGUUUGGAAAUCUGUGGACAUUCAGGGGAGUCUGGAAACAGUAGUGCAACAGGAAAUCAUUGAAAAAAACCUCUCACUUAAACAAGAAGAAUUAACUUGUGUCUGUUUAACAACCUUGCUGCUGUAACUCAGUGACUCCACUCAGCUGAACACCUUUGACUUUAAAGGAGACAUAUUAUGCCCAUUUUACCACAGUUGAUAUGGUUCCUUGGGGUCUUAAUGAAAUUUUCUGGAACAUAUUUUGGUCAAAAUACCACAAGGAUCAUUUAAAACAGCACCUUUUUACCCUGUCUAAAACACCCCUCCUCCCCAGCGCCCCAGCGCAGCACCGCAGUGGAAGCUGGAGCUGGCGCAGCAUCCUCCACACUGUUGAGUCAACGUUUAGAGGUGUCCCGGGGUCUCCGCCUCGAUGAUCGGCAUGUUGAUGCGGCCACUUAGAUGUCUGACGGGUAGCAGCAGCGAUCUAACGCUAGAUUUCAGCAACUUUGAUCGAGAUUUACGCGAGGGAGCAUUGGAGACUUCCCUGCAGUGUAGCCUGGGAAGCGGCGGUGACACGGUGGGAUCAGCUAACAUUUUUGCCGCGUGUUAACUCGCUGCUUACCUUGAGCUGUCUGAGACAUGCAAGAUACCCAAAUUAACGUGAAGAAAAGUGGGAUUUUCAUAAUAUGUCCACCUUAACACAUCGUACCAUAUAUGUUAAACACAAUGUCUGUCAUCUGUUAUCAUCAUUCUGUUUUCACACAUACAGACGCUCCAAAGCCUCCCUCUGUGUCAGUGAGUCCCUCUGGUGAGAUCAUGGAGGGCAGCUCGGUGACUCUGACCUGCAGCAGUGAUGCUAACCCAGCAGCUAACUACACCUGGUACAAGGAGAACCGAGUUCUGCUUCAAGGACCAGAGGGUGUUUAUCAUCUCUCCUCCAUCAGCUCUGGGGACAGCGGGGUCUACUCCUGCAAGUCUGAGAAUCAGUACGGACGGAUCAACUCCACGUCU